AUGGCGGAGUACAUCGAGGGGGCCGGCCUGUCCGACUACUGGGCCAAGCAGAAAGCGCUAGAUGCAACUCUCCUGGCCGGGGUCUGGCUGCUGGUCGUGGGCCUCCGGAUCUGGUCCUGGCAGAGUGACGCGGCUGAGGACACGCUGGGUGCCCUGGAGGUCCUGGCGCCCGUCGCCUACGCCUUCACCACGGCCAUGCUGCUAUGUGCGUGCUACCUCCAGAACUCGAAAUGGCGCGGCAUCUCGCUGGCCAUCGCGGCCUUCGCGCGCAGCGUCCUCGAAGGCGAGAUCUCGUGCAUGACCGCUCGGAUGAAGUGGAGGGAACUCAUCGGCGCCAUGCGUCAGACGUCGCGAAUGUACCAGCUGACAGCUGCCUCUUUGGCGUCGACCACGGUACUUGUGGCUUUUGCGAUGCUCUACGACAUCUUUAAGGGUUACGGAGCCAAUGCUGUUCCGAACGUGGUCCUGGCCCUCGUCAUGCCAUCAUCCCUGUAUGUCGCUGCCUGCGCAACUGCGGAUUGCACGCGGUUGCCUUCCUUGCUAUGCAUGCUGGAUGGGGAUGAAGAUGAAGAAGGGGAGUACAUGGACCUCGCGCUGUUCCUGACCCUUAGCGAGUCCGGGUUCUUCAUGUGGGACACGCGGGUGACGCUUGGCGUCCUGCAGAAGUUUGUGUACUUCACCGCGGCGGUGGUGGGCACGAUCAGCUUUCAGCUGAAGCUGAUCGCUGUCUGA